AAAACGUAAUUUCUGCCCAUCCCGCCGCGUGCUCUGACGUGACAUUAUGGAAUGUUCAAGUCUAAAAGAGCUCGAGGCGGUGUGCGCGAGCGAACAUUCUGACUCAACCGUGGAGCUGCCAGCAUUGAAAACAUUUUUACAUCGUUUUAACGCCUUUCCCUUCAGUGAGAUUAUGGGCCGGGCAUUUUUCUGAGGGAGUGUCGCGCAGCCCGGUUUUUUUUUUUAAUCACAGUUUUACCCACGGAAAUGAUGAAGAAGGACAUUAACCUGAGCCUUUCGGACAAUUCCGACCUAAAACCGCAUAUUCGAGACGUUGACAGCAUCCUGAGCUCCACAGAUUUGGGGCUGCUUAAGCUGGCCUCUCCCGAGCUGGAGAGACUAAUCAUCCAGUCCAACGGAAUGGUAACGACGACGCCGACCAGCUCCCAGUUCCUGUACCCGAAGACGGUGACGGACGAGCAGGAAUUCGCCGAGGGCUUCGUGAAGGCGCUGGAAGACUUACACAAGCAGAACCAGCUGAGCGGAGCCGGGCAGACGAACAGCAGUCUGGACCUCGGGGCUAACAUCGCUCCAGCCGGCGUCCAACCCGACCUGCCGGUGUACACUAACCUGAACAGCUACGGCGGCAGCGGCCCGCUGGGGACCACCGUCAACUACUCCACGGACACCGUCCCUUUUCCGCCUCCCCCGCCGCAUCAUUUGGGGGCAGCCCCGUCGCAGCCGGAGCUCUCCCGGGUCCAGCCGCUGAAGGAGGAGCCGCAGACGGUCCCCGACGUCCAGAGUUUCGGGGAGAGCCCCCCGCUGUCUCCCAUCGACAUGGACUCACAAGAGCGGAUCAAAGCGGAGAGGAAAAGACUCAGGAACCGAAUCGCAGCCUCCAAGUGUCGGAAGCGCAAGCUGGAGCGGAUCUCCAGGCUGGAGGACAAGGUCAAGACGCUGAAGAGCCAGAACACCGACCUGGCGUCGACGGCCGGCCUGCUGCGGGAGCAAGUGGCCCAGCUGAAGCAGAAGGUCCUCAGCCACGUCAACAGCGGCUGCCAGCUGCUCCCCCACGAAGUACAAGUGCACUAAGAGACAGACGCCCCGGAGGCUCCUGACCAGCACAUAAGCUUGAUGGACUUAGUCCGUGUUGGUCUCUGUAGCCCCGUGGGACUGUUCAAAACGGGGUUCCAUGUCAGCUUUGGUAGCAAUUCCAUCCAGUCCAAAUUCAAAUGGUGAUUAAUGCUCACCAUCUGAUUGAACAGAUUAAGUGAAGUCCAAUUAUGUAUUUGAUCAGGCUCAUAUUCGACCCUAUAGAAAUCUUCUACCUCGUAUGUCUGUUUACAGAUGAGAGCAAAUGGAUUGAAACAAUGUAAGAUCAUCAUUUUUUUCUCCUAUAAAAAAUGUUUACUGACUGGAUGCAGUCUCAUACAUGGACCAAACGAAUAUAUCUACUUCAAUGGGCACCAAAAGAUGGGUGCAAGAAAGACAAAUCCCCCACAUUUGAUAUCUAAGAUGAUCUAUAUACAGCAUUUAUUGUAUGUAUUGCAUUUCUGUAAGGAACAGCUUGCAUGUUGCUGACCAACUCGAAUGUUGCCCUUGGCUUGGUGUCACAGGGGACAGGUUUACCAGUGUUUUUAUUUUCAUUUUCACAUUAACAUGUGUGUAUUUAUCUUUUUACUAUUUUUUUUAUACUUUAUUGUGUUUAUGUCUGUGUAUUUUCAUUUUUAACAUUCAGUUGUAACCAGUUUGUUGCACUGACUUGGUCAAGUCUACUGUGACUUGGCUUCAUACACACCAUCGUGUUCUGAAUUAAAUGCUGCUCUACUAUAAAACCGUGUCUGGUUAAUGUCACGUUUGCAACACAAAUCUAAUUAAAGAGCAGAAUAAUGACUGGUUAAAAAAGAAAUACCGGUAUUUAAACAUUUUAUUCCGUAAUCCAAGAAAUUCUCGUACAAACAUCAUUUGUAAUCUUAAUGCCAGAUUCAUGAUGUUUUUGGGGAAACAAACUGUUCUUGUUUAAAUGCUCAAUAAUUCUUGAAUUUGACUAUUGUAUCGUAAAAUUAAAAGCCCUAAUUAAAUAUGCUAAUUUA